AUGAACUUAUGUGAGGUGCAGGAGGUGUUCAUUCCUGCUUUCCCAGAGAGGGCGAGUGUGCAGCGAGGCUACAUCACCCCCCAGCAGGUAUAUAACCUGUUGAACGCAGAGGCAGGACAUCCCGCUCUACAUGACCCGAAUUACAUCCUCAUCCUGGACUGUCGCAGUGCAGAGAGGUACAAGCAGAGUCAUCUGGUUACAGCCAGGGCCAGUGUGACAGUGAUCCACCCAGAUCUGGGCUGUCUGAUCAGCUGUGUGCAGCUCCAGGAGUUCUCUAUCAUAUUGCUGUACGCUGAGGAAGGCCACAGCCCAGUUGGCAGUGUGGAGGCCAGGGCAGCCUCACCGUUCCUGCAGCGUUGCUUCUUCCAGCUCAGUGACCUGGGCAUGGACCCUGUCAUCCUCCAGGGGGGCUUUGGUGCCUUCCACAGUCUCUACCCCUUCCUCUGCACCUCCCGCAUGGUUGUCCUAGAGCCUGAGAGGUACGCCCUCACCAUCUACCCCUCUGAGAUACUGGAGGGGGAGCUCUAUCAGGGAUCAGCCGCCCAGGCCUCUGACUACCACAUCCUCGAGAACCUUAACAUCACCCAUGUGGUCAACGCUACCGCUGAAUGCCCUGAUGCAUUUCCCAGCACCCUCAGCUACCUGAGGCUGCGGCUGAGCGAUGACGCCCAGCAGGACUUGGUGGAGGCGCUGCCGCAGGCGGCAAGGUUCAUUGCUGGGGCCCUGAGCAGCGAGGUUGGGGGUCGGGUGCUGGUGCACUGCAGCAUGGGGCGGAGCCGUAGCUCGGCGCUAACGCUAGCCUUCCUAAUGCAGCACCAGCGCUGGACACUGCUACACGCCAUCCGCUGGCUGAAGGAGAGGAGAGCAUGCACGGCACCCAACGUGAACUUCCUGCGGCAGCUGUUGACCUACGAGGAACAGCUGUUCGGACGAAGGCUUACCUCGCUGGAUGACAUCCGCCUGUGAAGUUAUGUGGUUUGCCCAGUGCAGUUUCUGUGCAUAACUCAUGGAGAGGGAGGUGGACUGUGGACAGAGCCCACUGUGAUUCAAAGAAUGGCGUUUUUAAAGACUCAUUGGGAGAGUUGUCUAACCUUGAUGGUCUUAAUAACUUUAAGCAGUUUUUUUUUUUUGUCAUUGUUGGCCUAGGUCUAGGACCGUGUUUUAUUAAGGGUUAUUUGAGGGAUGAUGUUUUACAGAACACUGAAACACUGAUGUUGCAGCAUUACAUUGAAUAAGGGGAGAGGAAGUGAAUGUAUUUGCAUCAGUGCUGAUACCAGCUGUUACAGAGGUCAUCUGUGUAUUCAAAGCUUGGUUAGAAGCUUGUUCAGGCUCUAAUAUUUUGUCUGGGACCUGGUAGAGCUACGAAUAAUAUAAACAUAUUUCCCUGAUGUUUCUCCAAUCACUGAGCAUAAAACUAUUGAACAGUUAUGUUUAGAAGAAAGCAGAGUCAUCUGGUGGUUACUAGAGAUGUUGCAGUCAAAGUAAGGAUGCUCUGUAUAUGAAACACAUGGACAUAAAUUCCAGUUGAAAGGGCCUCGAGGUCAAAGUUGGGUUAUUAUUGCCAUAUCGUUUACACCUGUGUCCAGGCCUUUGAAGGGAGUAAAGAAAGACAGAGGAAAUGGAGCCAGUAACCUGCUUAUGUGACUGGUUUACUCCAUUUGACCCCUCAUCCCCAUGCAGGAGGGUUCCUGUACUCUAACAAAUAGUG